CGAGCGGCGAGGAGGCGGCGGCAUUGGCACGGACGGCGCUUUCCUUGGGCACGGCGCGCUCGCCGCCCCGCAGCCACCGCCGGACACAGCGCUCCCUUCCUCCCUUCGGCCCCGCUCUCCCCGGCGCGGGGGCCCCGCGGGGUGAUGCGUCCCCGCUGGGCGGCCGCUCCCGCCGUGUCCGCCGGGUCCUAGAACCGCCCGCAGCGAGGCCCCGCGGGCCGCCCGUCCGCCCGUCCGUGCUCGCCCGGCGGCGCCGGGCCAUGAGCGGCCCCGCGGGCGGCGGCGGUUCCCGCUGAGCGCCCGCGCCCGGCAUGGGUGUGAACGCCGUACACUGGUUCCGCAAGGGGCUGCGGCUCCACGACAACCCGGCGCUGCGGGAAUGCAUCCAGGGCGCCGACACGGUGCGCUGCGUCUACAUCCUGGACCCCUGGUUCGCCGGCUCCUCCAACGUGGGCAUCAACAGGUGGCGAUUCCUGCUUCAGUGUCUUGAGGAUCUUGAUGCUAAUCUACGGAAACUGAAUUCACGUUUGUUUGUUAUUCGUGGGCAGCCAGCAGAUGUUUUUCCCAGACUGUUUAAGGAGUGGAACAUUGCAAAACUUUCAAUUGAGUAUGAUUCUGAACCAUUUGGGAAGGAAAGAGAUGCAGCUAUUAAAAAGCUGGCUAGUGAAGCUGGAGUGGAGGUCAUUGUUCGGAUUUCCCAUACAUUAUAUGACCUAGACAAAAUAAUAGAGUUAAAUGGAGGGCAGCCUCCUCUUACUUACAAGCGAUUUCAGACCCUCAUUAGUCGAAUGGAACCUCUGGAGAUGCCUGUGGAGACCAUAACCCCAGAAGUGAUGAAAAAAUGUACUACUCCAGUUUCUGAUGACCAUGAUGAGAAAUACGGUGUGCCAUCGCUUGAAGAGCUGGGAUUUGAUACAGAUGGUCUGCCUUCUGCAGUAUGGCCAGGGGGAGAAACAGAAGCUCUCACUCGAUUGGAAAGGCAUCUAGAACGAAAGGCUUGGGUAGCAAACUUUGAAAGACCACGAAUGAAUGCAAAUUCCCUUCUGGCAAGUCCUACAGGGCUUAGUCCCUACCUCCGCUUUGGCUGCUUGUCCUGUCGUCUGUUUUAUUUCAAGUUAACGGACCUGUACAAAAAGGUAAAAAAGAACAGCUCCCCUCCCCUCUCCCUCUAUGGCCAGCUGUUAUGGCGUGAGUUUUUCUACACAGCGGCGACUAACAAUCCACGGUUUGAUAAAAUGGAGGGGAAUCCUAUCUGUGUUCAAAUUCCAUGGGAUAAGAAUCCUGAGGCUUUGGCCAAAUGGGCGGAAGGCAGGACAGGUUUUCCGUGGAUUGAUGCAAUUAUGACACAGCUUCGUCAAGAAGGUUGGAUCCACCAUUUAGCCCGGCAUGCUGUAGCAUGCUUUUUGACUCGAGGUGACCUCUGGAUUAGCUGGGAAGAAGGAAUGAAGGUGUUUGAAGAGCUGUUACUUGAUGCAGAUUGGAGUGUGAAUGCUGGAAGCUGGAUGUGGCUAUCCUGCAGUUCCUUCUUUCAGCAGUUUUUUCACUGCUACUGUCCAGUAGGUUUUGGCAGAAGAACAGACCCAAAUGGGGAUUAUAUCAGACGUUAUUUGCCAGUACUUAGAGGUUUCCCUGCAAAAUACAUCUAUGAUCCUUGGAAUGCCCCAGAGAGCAUCCAGAAGGCUGCAAAAUGUAUCAUAGGAGUUAAUUAUCCCAAACCAAUGGUAAACCAUGCAGAGGCAAGCCGUCUGAAUAUUGAGAGGAUGAAACAAAUCUACCAGCAGCUUUCACGAUACAGAGGACUGGGUCUUCUUGCAACAGUGCCUUCUAAUCCAAAUGGAAAUGGAAAUGGUGGCCUAAUGGGCUAUUCACCAGGAGAAAGCAUUUCUGGUUGUGGUAGCACAGGAGGAGCUCAGCUGGGAACUGGUGAUGCUCAUACAGUUGUUCAGUCAUGUGCCCUGGGAGACUCUCAUACAGGAGCAAGUGGAAUUCAGCAGCAAGUCGUAACAGAGGUGGUGUGUUUACUGAUCACGAAGUACUGUAAUCUGUGUUUUGUUUAAGCAUCCAGAACGUAACCGGAACACCGCAACUGUUCAGAACAAGAACCUUGCAACUGCUUCUGCUAAUGGCACUAUUUAUGCAGAACACUGAGUUUCAAGGUUGCCAGUAGAUAGUUUACGUGAAUCAGAAGAAAGUUUGCGUCUUUCUUUUAAGUUACACUUGCUUUUUUUAUUUUUCCACAACUAAGAUUCACUAGUAUUGCAAUAACAAAAUAAUAAAGAGGAUGAGGAGACUUGGCAGAAGUAAUGUUAAAAUUUAUUUAAACUUAAUUAAAGUGUUUGGACAUAUAAACAUUCUGCUUGUUUCAAAUAUAAUGCACAAAUAUGUAGGCACUUAAUGUUCACUCUGCAUAAAUAAGUGCGUAUAUAUUUAACUGCUGUGGGCUGCCGUGAGGCUUAUUUUUCUUUUGCAUAAGAACUAUUCUGCAUUCAGGAUGGUUUCUGGCAGGAUUUUUCUUGAAGAUGGAAAAUAAAUCAAUUGGCUCCUUUUUGUUGUUGUAAAGAACAUAAUUGUACACUUGCUUGCAGUUCUAAAUUUUACUUAUUAUAAUAAAUAUCUACUGUAUCU